UUUGUCUUCUCAAUUUCGUAAAUCCAUUCGUCAUUCUCAACGAGUCUUCAGAGAAUCUCUGUCACGCACUCUCAACUCUCAAGCACUGAGAACGUUGCGCUCCAGGUUGGUUUGUUAUGGAGGGGUAUGAUGAUGGAAAGGAUCUAGGCUUCGGGAAUAAUAUGCCUAAGGAACUAGGUCAAAGUUUAGCUAAUGGUACAAAAUUUGUGGAUGAAGUACUAAAUGGUCCAACUGACCGCUGUCUGGAAAAUUUCCGCAUGGAUAAGCAGGCAUUUUACAAGUUAUGCGAUAUUUUGCACUUGAAAGGCUUAUUACACCACACAAAUCGAAUUAAGAUUGAGGAGCAGUUAGCCAUCUUCCUGUUCAUUAUUGGGCACAAUCUUCGGACUCGAGCUGUCCAAGAGUUAUUCCGGUAUUCAGGAGAGACCAUCAGUCGCCAUUUCAACAAUGUUUUGAAUGCUAUUAUGGCAAUUUCAUUAGACUUCUUUCAGCCUCCAAACUUUGAUGUUCCACCAGAAAUCUUGGAAGAUCCUCGAUUUUAUCCAUAUUUCAAGGAUUGUGUGGGAACAAUAGAUGGCUUCCAUAUACCAGUGAUGGUGGGCGUGGAUGAGCAAGGCCCUUUCCGCAACAAGAAUGGACAACUUUCACAACGUGUCUUGGUUGCUUGCUCAUUUGAUCUGAAGUUCCAUUAUGUUCUUGCUGGCUGGGAGGGUUCAGCAUCAGAUUUAAGACUUCUAUAUUCUGCACUCACAAGGCGCAAUAGGUUGCAAAUCCCUGAAGGUAAGUAUUACCUUGUCGACAACAAAUAUGCUAAUAUGCCGGGCUUCAUAACCCCAUACAGUGGAGUUUCCUACCAUUUAAAUGAAGAUCCCAGUGGUUACCAUCCUCAGGAUGCCAGAGAGCUAUUCAAUCAACGGCACUUAUUGUUACAAAAUGCCACUGAUCGUAUAUUUGGUUCUCUGAAAGCACGCUUCCCUAUACUGACGUCGGCUCCGCCAUACCCGUUGCAAACGCAGGUGAAGUUGGUUGUUGUGGCCUGUGCGUUACACAAUUUCAUUCGCAUGGAGAAGCCAGAUGAUUGGCUUUUCAAAAUGUAUGAACAUGGUGCUGUACCGCAAGGCGAAGAGUCAAUGCCGCCGCUUCAGGUAGAACCUUCAAUGCAUGUUGAAAUGCUGACAGAGGACGUUCCUUUCGGAAAGGAAGAACUGGAGUUCACUUCACAGUUGCGGGACUCUAUUGCGACUGAAAUGUGGGAUGACUACAUCCAUGAUAUAUCAACCAUGUAGAAAAGUUAAAUGUGGGCGUAGUUCUUUUCAAGAUCAUAAACCAUGCACAGGCAUUUGAAUUUCAUCGUGACUGUAAAUGUUACAUUGGUUAUACAAUAACUGCGUGACUACGAGGACAAGGUCAUGGAGAAGCGGUAGGAGGGCUUGACAGAAGCAGAGUGGAAGAAGAGAAGAGACGCCUAGCAAGUGGUGAGCAGGUUAACUGAAGAUCUUAUUUAAGCUUUUGUUUCCCCAGAACAACAUAAACAAAAUAGAAUGUAGUGUAUAUAUGUAUAUGUGCACACAGUAGACUGAUCAAACAGAUGAUUUGAAGUUCGAUCCUCUUCCUUUUUUUUGUGUGUUACUAGAGAGUAAAGACAAUAGAAAGACUAUAAUAGAUCCAUUUUAUUAUUACCAA